AUGCAGAACGAACAGUUAAACGAAUUUACUCCAGCAGAGCAUAUUCAUCAGAUUCGCUCAUAUUUUGAUAUCAUAGACAAUGCAGUUCAAAUUGGUGACACUAAUAGAAAAUAUUCUGACGCAAAGAUUCCAUCACAACCUGGAACUGCUAAAGAUAACACAUGGGUAACAUUCAAUCUCUCACCUCCUGGUGAAAAUAUGUUGGACCUUUACAAUACAUUCAUUACGUAUAAGAUGGAAGGUCAAUUUAUUGUAGAUAAAGAAAUUGGUUCAGGUUCCAAUAAAACAAACCCACCAGGAUUUUGGAUUGGUUUCGAUGACGCUUUCUAUGCAGUUGCUGGAUAUCAAAUCCUUGCAAAUGGUCGUAUCGUAUAUUCUCAAGACAACGCAAGAGAAGAAGCAUAUAUAACUUCAAACUCACAAACUACCGAACAAAUAAAGAAA